AUGGCGAUUGCUAUUCCUUUGCGAUAUGGUUCAACAGAUCCAAAAUAUCUUUGUGUUCGUUUAUUACAUUCAAUACUAACAUUGAAACACUCUCUCGUAUCAGAUCAAGCUCGACCAACACUUAGUACAAAUUAUCGGGCUUUUGAAAAUAUGUUGAAAAUGAUGCCAUCUCCAAAACUUGAUACAUCAGCAGAUCCACUUACUGUAAUCAAAGGAAUACGUUCUUCUUUCGAUAUGAAUUCCCUAAUUCCUAAACCAUCUGAAUGUCAAAUCAAGAAAGAAGUGUUCGAACACGAUGGACAUGUAGUCGAUGGAUAUUGGGUUAAUUAUCCUCCAAAAGAUAUUCAAAAACAUUCUGAUAAAAUAUUACUUUACUUCCAUAGUGGAGGAUAUUUUUUGGGUGAUAUUCAUAGUUUUAGUGGAUUUGAAUGUCGUCUAUCUCAAAUUUUCAACGUUACUAUACUUCAUUUGGAAUAUCGACUUUGUCCUGAAUACCCAUUACCUGCCGCUGUUGAUGAUGCAGUUGUAAUUUAUCGUGCACUUCUUCGCCAGAACAUUUCCUCAUCUCAACUGAUAGUAAUGGGUGACUCGUCUGGUGGUGGUCUUGCUUUGUUAGCUGUACAAGCUCUAAUCGCUCAUCAAUUACCUGUUCCUCGUGGUGUUAUUGUUCUAUCACCAGUCACUGAUCUUUCGAUGUCUAGUGAAAGUUAUAUACGUAAUAAGCAUACUGAUAUAUCACCUCAGUUCGAUAAGAAUUGGUAUAUAGCACUAUUAUUGGGCUCUAACCAUGCUCAAUUAUCUCCUGAUGAUUCUCGGUUUAGUCCGUUGUUUGGUUCAUUCAAGGGAUUUCCACCAAUGUAUAUCAAUGUGGGUACGGCAGAAAAAAUGGAAGAUGAUUCAAGACGCGUGUGGAAGAAAGCUAAAGAAGCAAAUGUUGAUGUGACAUUUGAAGAAGGUUUACAUAUGACACAUAUAUAUCCUGUAUUUUUUCUUUAUUAUUCUGAAGCACGAAAUACACUUGAUAAUAUUAAUAAAUGGAUUCAGACAAUUUAA